CAACCAGUCACUCGCCAAAAAUACAUCCCCUUGCGGUGCAUAUUUCGGGAUAAAAUCGGCGGCUCUGUUUGCUUUGUGGAAAGUGUGGGCUAUGUGGAAGCUUGGCUAGGAUGUCCUUCAGAAGAGGAUGUGCCCAUCUCCUGGCUCUGUGAUUGUCUGCAAUACAGAGAUAACAAAGGUAGCUUUCGCCUCCCCUUGAUCAAGAUAGUGGGAGAGAGCGGUCUUUGGAGCACAAGAAGCUGUUGAAACUAUGACCAAUCUUGAAGUUCUUUGCAGCAAAGCCCAACCAUAUCACAUAGCCAUGGAUCCUAAAUUGCUCGAAGCAGCAAUAUCAGGAGAUGAAAGAAGUCUAGAUGAAUUAUUGCAACAAUAUUUUUCUCCUACAGCUUCGAGGGAGGAGAUCGCAAUAACAAUACCAGAGGAUGUUGAAACACAAAAAGUUACUAGUUGCCUCCUUGGAGUGACACCAGAUGGGAACACGGCCCUCCAUAUAGUUGCUAGCCAAGGACAUCUGGAGCUUGCGAAGAAGAUAUGUCGUAGAGAGAGAUCUCUUUUAGAAGCAUCAAAUAUGAUGCUCGAUACUCCACUGCAUCACGCUGCAAGGGCUGGGCAUGACAAGAUCGUCUCCCUAAUCAUCCAGCUUGCAAAGGAGGGUUGGAUUGAAGCAAGGAGAGUGCUGAGGGCAACAAACAUGGACAAGGCCAAUGCUUUGCAUGAGGCCACCAAAUAUAAUCAUGCAAGCAUGGCCACUACACUGAUUGAGGAGGAUGCCGAACUGGCAUCCAUGCUAAACGAUGCCGGCAUGUCUCCACUCUAUUUGGCCAUCGUGACAGGAUCUCUCAAUGUAGCCAAAACCUUGCUGCAGUCUUCCUCUUGGGAGAAAGCUUCUCUAGUAUCUUAUGCAGGCCCUAACAAGAAAACGGUGUUGCAUGCUGCAGUCCUCUUGAGUCCAGGUAAUUGAGAUCUCAGACUUAUAUAUCAAUCUUACUUUUUUUUUCUCUCAACAAAAGGUGACUAGAUCAUUGCCAUUAUACAUGAAGUAUGGAACCACCUUUUCAUCUAUGAAUGGAUCUGAAUACAAAAGAAGCAAGAUAGCCUAAAACAAAGAAUAAAGCAAAAGAAGACCCUUCAUGAGCAUAGGGACCAACUACUGUGCACCCCAAUAGAAUAGAUCUACGUCACUUACAAAAAAAUUAAUAAAACAAAGAAGAGGAAAGUUAACCACCUAGGAAUCCCUCCGUUAAACUCAGAGGAACAAGCUUGAGAAUUAAGCAACUACUAAUCACAUUUGGCAGGAUCAAAUAUGGCCAAUGACCACUGAGACAUUGCCAUCGAGUGGAUCGGCUUGGCCCCCUUCUUAGUUGGUGCCAUUACCGCCUAUCUAGGCUUGUCGAUCGAGGUUUGGCAACUUUUUUCUUGAUGGUCACCAUGUGUAAUUUCCCCUGUAUGAUAUAACAAACUUUGAUUGUUCUCCUUUUGGCAUUAUUGUGAUGAUUCACCAUUUGACUACAUUUCUCAGCAUACGCAUUAAAAAGCGCAUGAAGAGUCUAAACAUAUGCAUGGAAUGCAAUCUGUGUCUGUUAAUUUGUGCAAGCACCAUAAAAAUUAUAGACAUUAUA